AUGGCCAAAGGGAGGCGUUUCAAACCACCUUUGGUCAAGGAUGGAUGCUGGUUCCCUCACAUUGGGCUGCUGCAGAAGGUGCCAGAAUCCAUCACAUGCACUGCCCUGAAGGAAAUCCACUGUCCGCACUUGGCUCAGCAGGUGCAGAAGAAGCUGCCAUCAGUAUACAAAAUCCGUGAGAAGCAAGCUGAAAACAAAAACUUCCCCUUCUCUGCGCACGACAAUCGCCACAGUUUUGAGGACUGUGGAUACUUUUUUGACUCUGGCUUGGGACGCAAGAAGGCCCUUCCAGAUAAAGGGCAACACACUUCUAGAAAUUUCAAUCUCUGGGCCUGUGACUUCAUCCCGUCCCAUUUUGAUGGCCUGUCAAAUAACCAAACAUCAUAUGUACAUAAGGACGCUGUGGUGAUCUCAACUUUCCGACGCUUCCCGAAAUGUUACAGUGACAAAUGGAGUGCCUUCAACCAAAUCCAUGCAGAGGUUUUGAAAAAUCGGUCCAAUGAAGAGUUUGCCACUGACACAAAAGUUGUCUCUCCACAUGAGCCCUAAUCCUUCCAGAAGAUUCUUGAUGAGAUUUGUGAUGUUAUCUCAUCAGGCACUCAUAAAGUAAAUGUCUCUGAUUCAAUACCACCCCAAAAUUGUUGAAAGACUUUUGGGAUU